CUUAAUCAAUAUAAAUUAAUUUCCAAACUAGGUAAUGGUCAUAAUGGGAAAGUCUACCUAGGUUUAAACGUGGACACUGGUGGGUAUUAUGCCAUAAAGGAGAUUUCAAAAGUUUCUAAAAUUUCUAUAUUGAAUAAAGAUCCUCAAAAUCAAUUAACAAAGAUUAAUAAUGAGAUUAAUAUAAUGAAAUUAAUUAUAAAUCAUCCAAAAAUUUUAAAACUCCAUGAGAUUUUGAAUGAUUUGAAAUUUAAUAAAAUCUUCCUUAUAUUGGAAUAUUGCUCCAAAGGUGAUUUGAAAUUUGGUGCAACUUUCAAUUAUUCAAUAGAUUCAAUAAGGUUAAUCCUUAGAGACGUUGUACUUGGGUUAGAAUACCUAAAUGGGGUCGGUAUAAUACAUCGUGAUAUUAAACCAUCAAACUUAUUAAUGAAUAGUGAUAAUUUUGUGAAAAUUUCAGAUUUUGGGAUAAGUAUUGAUAAAUUUAGAAAUUCAAACAUAAAUAAUUUCGGUACACCUGCAUUCACACCUCCAGAACUAUGUAAUGGUGUUGAGAAUGGAAAUGGGUAUAAUAAAUUUGAUGGGAAGUUGGAUAUUUGGUCUUUAGGGGUUACGAUUUAUUGUUUAUAUUAUCAAGUUUUACCGUUUAAUGGGAAUAAUGAAUAUGAAUUAUUUAAUGAGAUUAUAAAUAAUGAAGUUGUUAUACCAAGUGAUGGAGAUGGAGAUGAACAAGUUGGUUUAUUAAAUGAUUUAUUGAUUAAAAUGUUGCAAAAAAAUCCUCAAAAAAGAAUAUCGUUACAAGAUUUGAAAAACCAUCCAUUCACAUUG